AAAUGUUUAGUCCAGUGUUGCAUUCAACGCGCACAAACGAUGAGUUGCGAGAAGCUGGCAAUGCGGUCGCCGCCGGCGGAUCUAACUAACGAGGAGGAAGUCUCUGCCUAUAUCAAGGAGAAAAUACGUGUGUACAGCAAUUUCCCCAAGCCUGGCGCGGACUUUAGCGACGUCACCUCGCUCCUGUUGGAUCCCAUUGCCUUCCAGGUUGCCAUUGACGCUCUCAAACUGCGGUAUGAGGACAAGGGUAUCACGCACGUAGUUAGUACUGAAUCGAGAGGGUUUAUCUUCGGAGCUCCAUUGGCGCUUGCUCUUGAGGCUGCUUUUGUGCCAGUGCGUCGUACCCGGAGACUACCAGGAGACGUCGUUGGCGUGGAUUAUGUGUCGGGUUAUUACAGCGGUCGGAUGGAGGUUCAUCAAGACGCCAUCCCCAACGGAGGACGCGUUGUCAUUAUCGACGAUUUGGUUGCGUCUGUACGGCAAACUGUGCUUUCUUUAUACUAUGAUAUUUUAGAAGUCGCAGCAAGCCUUACUGAUGUUAUUCUCUAGGGCAAAACACUCAGGGUGACGGUCGAGCUCGUCGAAAAGCUCGGUGGAGAGGUGGUAGAGUGCGGCUGCGUGAUCAAUUCGCUGCAUUCAACGGAUUCGCUGGAAAACAUCCCGCUGUACGGACUCACGACGAUAUGACCAUCGCUUUUGGAGACAAAAGCUGUCUAAAUAAAUAAACAUGACGAGGCUAAGGCAGCGUCCGCCUGCUGCACGAUCGAGUCUAGCGGUAGUCGCUGUGUGUACAUCCCGUGCAGCAGAGGCCGAUAAACGGACGUGCUCAUGCGUCGUACAUAAUGGUACUCGCACAAGCAAGAGGUUUAAGGUUGUCAUGAAUGCUACAUCCCGGUAGUUGACAUGUGGAGUAACCUAAGUAUCCACAGCUUUCUUAUGUAGUCUUGGUACUGUGGGUUCUACUCAAAAUUGGACAGGACGGUUCUUUGAAUGAAUCUCCCCCAAAUCGCCCAGCGUUUACAAUUCCGUAUACUGACCCGUUUAAGUACGAAAUAAGGUGGCAAGAAAAUUUUUAC